AUGACAAAAAAGGUGAAUCCAUCCGAUGAGCUUGGUCUAGCUGAUCAAGGUCCCAUCAAAGGAAUCAUCGAAUCGGCAAAUUUGGAGCUUCUAGGUCUGACGCAACAGACCGAGCGAUCUCUUGGGACAUUUCAAAUUAUCGGCGGUGGAUGGAAUAUCUGUAACAGCUGGGCAGGUAUUGUCGGCACUCUCGCCAUUGGCAUUAGUGAGGGAGGGACAAUCCUUCUGCUCUAUGGAAUCAUUAUCAUGUUAGUCUUUGGUGGAUGCUGCGCUACAACAUUGGCCGAACUGUCCUCUGUUUACCCCACUGCGGGUGGGCAAUAUCACUGGACUUCUAUUCUGAGUCCGAAAAGAUACAGCCGCAUCUUGAGCUACAGCUGCGGUGCUGUUAAUAUUUUUAGUUGGAUUUCUAUCAGCGCAGGUGUCACUAUUUUACCUGCACAGUUCAUCCUUUCCAUGGCUAUCUACAACAACCCGGGAUAUGAGGCGAAAACAUGGCAUUACUUUCUCAUUUACCAAGCAACUAAUAUCCUUGUUCUUCUUUACAAUAUUUUCGCCAUUCGCAGAACUUCCUGGGUACAUGAUGUUGGAUUCAUUGUUUCACUUUCCUCCUUCAUCGUCAUCCUGGUUACGUGUCUUGCACGAACACCGGAAAUGUCAUCAGCCGAAUUUGUAUGGACCACGUUUAUCAAUCAGUCCGGAUGGAAAUCUGACGGAAUUGCAUUUUUGACCGGUAUGAUCAACCCGAACUACAUAUAUGCUGGAAUUGAUGGCGCAAUACACUUAGCUGAAGAGUGCGGAAAUGCCACAAUCGCUGUACCAUACGCACUCAUGAGCACACUGGUUAUUGGGUUCAUUACAUCAUUUACUUUUGUCGUGGCUAUGCUAUACUCUCUUACAGAUAUUAAUGCUGUCAUUGAAACAUCUACUGGAGUUCCAAUCUAUGAGAUUUGGCUUCAAGCCACACGUUCUGGAGCCGCCGCAACGACUUUUAUUACUCUGCUAGCUGUCAUUGCGCUAUUCUCGCUCAAUGGCUGUCAGCAAACCUCAUCCCGCCUAACCUGGGCAUUUGCUCGAGAUGAUGCCAUGAUAUUAUCGAAGUUUAUCGGUCGCAUCCACCCGCAACUUCAAGUACCGGUCUAUGCAUUGUUAGCUAAUGCUGUCGUUAUAUUUAUCAUUGGAUGCAUCUAUCUUGCCUCAUCGACAGCUUUCAAUGCUUUAAUUGGAACCGGACUAGUUCUGCAGCAAGUCUCAUUUUGCUUCCCGGUCGCCUUGCUUAUUUUCCGAAGGCGUUCAUCAACAUAUUUGCCACCACACAGAUUCUUUAACAUGGGAAAUCUUGGGUGGGUGUCAAACAUCGCUACUCUCGUUUUUGGAAUCGUGACUCUGGUAUUCUACAAUUUCCCGGCCGAAAUGCCCGUCACUGGUGGGAACAUGAACUACACUUCUGUUGUGAUCGGCGCCAUGGCCCUAUUCUCGAUAGGCAACUGGGUUUUCCAUGCGAAUAAAAGCUACCAGGGGCCACGACUUCCCUCUGAACUAAGUUGA